AUGGCGUCACCAGGACCCCCGGACGAACUUCAUCCAGAACGCGAAGCACAGGCGCACAAUUCGCAGCCUCAACCGUCCUCUUCCCCAGAUCUGAGCAGCGUCCCAGGCAAUGAACUGCGCAAGCUCACUGACUCUGUGAUUAUCGCCGCUGAGUCGAACGGCGGGCUUUAUGCUCCUAUCUUCCGCCAGCUGCAAAUCAGGGCGGACAAGCAGCAGGAUUUCCACAGUGGGGUCAUCCGUGUUAUUCGAAAUAGACACCACAAACUCAUCCAACGAGCCUCUGAUGCCAGUCUGAAGAGCCUGACAGACUUCCUACUCCGAGCCUUCGGGUACAUCAUUUGGAAGGCCGACUCGGACUGGGUCCUGGACAAGACGGAUCUCGAUGAGGGGGAAGCCAAGUUGAUCUAUGUGAAAGGCAGACAUAACGUUCCAGAUUGCAGGUUCCAUCCAAUCCUCGAGCCUCUCUGGCGCCAAAUGCGAAAUUUGAUGUUCACCCGUCGCCGACAAGGCCCAACGCAUCGUUCCAGGGCUUCCGGUGUCGCAGCAACUGACGGCGAAGACUCGUAUCUGGCCGACGUGGACACGCGUUCAUCCUCGCCGGUGGCGGCUGCUCAUGCACGUGCCCGUGCCCGAGCUACAGCGAAGCUAGACAACUUGGCCGCCCAUAUUGCGCGGAAUGGUCCUGCUCAAUCAAAUCAUAGAAUGAGCACCGAACGUACGGAGGACGCAAUCAUUGACCUUAUUGCUCGUCUAGCCGAGAUCCGUGCCAACAGUGACCCACGCACGUUUGAGGAACUCUGGCAAGUGCAUAUCAUGCGGGCCGAGGAGCUAGAUGAUGGGCAAGGAAUGAACGAGGGCGAGCUGGAGAUGGAGGAGAACACCGUCAGUCUCACCCAGGAACACCCAGUUGUUGCUCGUGCCCCGGAUCAACACUGUGGGAACCGCGCAUCGCAAUCGAACGUGCCUUUCAUGACCGAGGGCACCCCGGUCUUACCACGACCUAUGGUCUCCCAGGCACUCAUUCCGCCGUCUCUCCCGUCAGUCAUGUCCGUGUACGUCAGCGUCUCCCGUCUGCCUACCCAAGGCCAUUUCGAUUCCAUCUCCCACACGACAGCCGCGUCCCUCGCACAGGCGUACCACUGGCCCUCGGCACCCGUCCGGGAGCACAACGUCGCAGCGUUCUUCACCGGCAUAUGCUACCGCGUUGACAUUGCCCCCUCAGCUGUUCUGGGACGCUUCGGGGACCGGGCCGUUCAGGACACCUCCCGCCUUGUUGCACGUUCUCCUCUCGCGGUGGAGGACAGCGGCAGUGAUGACCGUGUCGACUUCUCCAACCAGUGUCAACAACCCAGUGGUGCUCGAGCAUGCGAUAGCUCGGACUGCGAGAUGAUGGACACGACGAGCGAUCUCCCAGAACCGGCGACGUCUUCCCCCAAGCCAGCACUCGCAGACUGCUCUUCUCCAGGAAGUCCGGUGUUAGGACACGAUCUCGACGACUUCACGGAAGAGGAGUGGCGAGUUAUCGCUCUGGGCUGGCGCGACUUCCAGAACGACCUGCGCCACGCGGCUCGGAUGGGCAUGCGAAUUUGGAGGAUGAAAGUAUGCGUCGUCGUCGCCGCCGCAAGCUCUUGA